AUGAAGCUUUCCCAGAUAUUUACUCUUGCCACUGCAGCUGCUGCUGCAGGUGUCGCUAUCGCAGAGAAAGUCAACUAUGAUGGCUACAAAGUUUUCCGUCUCAAAGCGCAAAAAGACAACAUCGAGAAGAUUGAUGACAUUGUCUCUUCUUUGAAUCUUCAAACAUGGAAAAAAUCUGCCAAGCUUGGGACAGCUGAUGUGGUUGUACCACCCGAGCAGAUCGACAACUUCUUGAGAAUUACUGAAGACUUCUCAAAACAGGUCAUGCACAGCAACCUUGGAGAAUCUAUCGCGGAAGAGGAGCACGCUGAUACAUAUUCCAUAGAGGCUGCCCUCGCACCAAAUGCUACGUGGUUCACUGCAUACCAUGCAUAUGCGGACCACAUACAAUUCCUUAAAGAUCUUGUCACUGCACAUCCAUCAAAUGCUGAGAUUGUGACUGCUGGAACUUCCAUUCAAGGCAAUCCUAUUACUGGUAUUCAUAUCUAUGGUAGUUCUGGUAAGGGAGUUAAGCCAGCUGUGCUUUUCCACGGUACUGUGCAUGCUAGAGAGUGGAUCACAACUUUGACUGUUGAAUACAUGGCGUACAACCUUCUCUCAAACUAUGCCAGCAGCACGGAGAUCAAAGGUUUUGUUGACAAAUAUGACUACUAUAUCUUCCCAGUUGUAAAUCCUGAUGGCUUCUUAUACACACAAAGUACAAAUCGGUUGUGGCGUAAGAAUCGUCAGACACCGCCAUCUUCUUCAACUUGUUAUGGUAGGGAUAUCAAUCGAAAUUGGGAGUACAAGUGGUCAACCGCUGGUGGAGCUUCCACGGACCCUUGCGCUGAAGAUUAUAGGGGACUUGCUGCAGUUGAUGCCCAAGAAACUAAAGCACUUGCUGCAUACUCCAACAAGAUCAAGGCAGCCCAAGGUUUAAAACUCUUCAUUGAUUUCCACUCGUACUCUCAACUCAUGAUGUCUCCGUACGGAUACUCUUGCACUGCAUUACCAGAGAACAAUGCCCAGCACCAAUCUCUCGCAGCGGGUUAUGUUGCUGCCGUGAAAGCAGUUUAUGGAACAGUCUUCAAAUAUGGUCCUAUCUGUUCCACAAUUUAUGCAGCCACUGGAAACAGCGUAGAUUAUCAUGAUGCAACCGUUGGUGCUGAUUUCUCUUUCACCACUGAACUGAGAGAUACUGGAACUUAUGGUUUCGUUCUACCUGCUACCCAAAUCACACCCAGUGUCAUCGAGGCAUAUGCUGGAGUGAAAGCGUUGAUUUACCCAUUAAGCUCACAUAAAGUCUUUGGACUCAUUCUCGAAUCUGCGGCGAAGAACUUGGGUGGAUUUCUCCCUUAUUACUUGUUUAACAUGUGGCUACGCACAGCUCAUAUGCCGAGAUGUGUCGUGCCAUCUACCCUGCCUGCCAGACACUUUCGUCCUGACAGUGUGUCAAUUUCCUUACGUCGAGGCAUUACCAGAAAGCUCUCACAGACCUGCAAAGCAAUGUCCAGCGGUGAAUCGUCAAUAAGAGCUGAGCCAACUAGAGUCAAAAACAAUGCUCAAAGUCUGAACAACUUUGAUUCUGCUCAUGCGUCGCAUCCUCAGAAGACUGCGGAAACUGAUACAAACAUGAAAAUCUACCGAGUAGUCAAGGAUUCGAGUCCCGAUAUGGCAACUGAGAAGAAGAUGGAGGACCCUAGCGGGGGCAUACGGCAGGAGCCCGACGCACACCUCGAAAUGUUCACGAAGUUCUUAAACCAACUUGAGGGUGAUGGCUAUACGGCAUUUAAAGAACCUUUGCCCUAUAAUGCCGCAACGCAACCUAUCGCUACAUUGGAAACAAAACCCAAUUCCAUUUCCACACGGAUUGUGCCCGAAGUUAACGUCAAAGGCGAGGAACAAGUCCAGGUUUUCGCAAAUAGUCUGCCACGCAAUAAAGGUUUUCUCGGGGAACUCCAGAAACCGGCUGCCGAAAAGGCCGGCAGCUACCAAGGACACGAGACAGCCAAGACCGGUACGACGACCAGUCAAGACAUGGAGAUGCCACGCAGAAUCGAUCAAACCAUCACCAUUUGUCUGCAUCUAGAUGAAAAGGUCACGAAAGAGUUGGACAGAACGGUGGCUAAAUACUCCCAGUACACUCCAACCAUGAACAAUGGUCGGGCGAACGUUGCAGUUAUAAAGGGCCUGCCAGUGCAAAAUUGGAGGCAAUACCAAGUCUUCAUGCGAUUUUUACAAUUUUGGAGGUCUCCUUUUAACAUGGGACGAGUAAAGCCUGCCAUGACACGCUUGGGACGCUACUGGGAAGUUUACUGGCAAAUAGAGGACAUUCCCGAAAUCUUAGCCAUCCGUCAGACUUUCCGUCAGGUAUUAGAGGAUGAUCUUCCGCAUUAUAACUUUGCCCCCGACGCUCUUUGGGAAGCGAGAGCCGUACUCGCUCGAGGUCUCAGUCGAACUCAAGCACGAGAAGUUGUGGAUUCAAUCAACAUAGCACAUCCGGACGGGAUUGACCUAGGUAUGAUCACGCGGUGUGUUUUAGUUCAUACGAUUUUCAGUUAUAGCAAAGUUCGCACAACCGUCACUCAGUCCCCGGAAUUUCCCUUGAUGGGUGUAAAGUCGGAUCAAUUAUCUCAUGGCGCCAAUGAGCACACAGAAAUCAAAACCUUGUGGAAUCGCUUGAUGUCACAGAUUGAUACCACAUUCUUCAAGGCCAGCAAGUCAAUGAAGUCUACAGCUUCGAGGUAUUUGAUUUCUUUUCAACAUUCAUACAAUUGCAAUGCCGGAAUCAUGGAGCCAGAAAGCACAACAAGAUUUGAAAAUAGACAUUCCGAACAAUCAGAUCAUCAUGAUUCCGAUGAGGAAGUCCGUCAAUCCUACAAGACAGUUGUUCAAGAGAGGGAUGACCUAAGACAAUAUGUCAGUGAGCUUGAGGAACAAAUACUACCUCGCUUCGACGUGGAUGGCACAAAUCUAGCUGAAGUAUUUGUUACACAAAAAAAUAAAUAUCUUGAGCGAGUGAUAUCUCUCGAAGGCGCUAUCGCUGAAGCCGAAGCUGCGCAGUCUUAUGAAAUCCACAGAUCGCAGCGAGAGAAGACCGAGCUACAGCAUCAAUACGAUGAGUUGUAUCAAAAAACAUUUGGACAAAAUGGAUACAGGGACCGAUUGGAAAGUGCGCAUGUUGCGCUCGAACUGGCGAAUGAUCCUCAACCUCCCGAUGUUGUGGAACUUAUCAGACAAUUAGCGCAUGCAAAGAAAGAGAGGGAUGAGUUCGAUCACGAGGCGCGUAGGUUGGGAGUAUGGGCCGAGGAGCUAAAACUUAAUUGGAAUGCUUCAAUGGACGAUGUUGAAAGAUUAAGGAAGCAAAAUGAAGAGUGGAAAAACCCACAAGAUAAUUCGGUUGCUUUGCAGGAAGCCAACAAGGAGAUUGAACGAUUACGGGGAGUAAAGGAGAUAGAGGAUUCUUACCGCGUGGAGGCGUCAAAGCGAGAAGUUUUACGACUACAAAAAGAGAAGAUUGCGUGGGAAGAAGACCAAAUGAAGUUGGAGGAUUGCAAUGCGGAAUUAUCGCUAACAAUAAGAACCCUGGAGGAUAUGUUGGCUGCUUCAGAGGCUCGGCAUUCGUCUGAUGUAGAAAUGUCUGAUGUAGGCGAUAAUGAAUCGGUACGCUCAUCAGGACCGGAGAUCCUCGGAGAUGCUGUCUGGAGACAAUGGUCGGAGAGGCUAUGGAAUCACAUCCAAGCCAAGCCCCAAGCAGUAGAAGAUGUAAACCCGGGGCCAGAGAGUCAACAAUUCCUAGCUGUAACUUGGGUCAAAGAAAUGAUUGAAUUGGUUUGUAAUCGACCAGUUGCUUCAUUCGUUGAAGAAAGCACUUGGAGAGAAUGGGCAAAUGAAGUAAAUGAUUUUGUUUUGAAUGUACCUCAUGAGAUAUCUGCAUUGUAUCAGUUGGCCGAAGAAGGACAACAAUCAGCAGGCGCAGAAUGGAUUCGUCAACUUAUUGCAUAUGCUACCCAAUUACCUUCCCACUCGGAGCUUCCACGUACUUUUAAAGAGUAUCAGCUUAGCGUCGAAAUCAAAGAAGCUAGAGCCCGAAUCGAAGAGCUCGAAAGACGCGAAGCGGGUAGAGACGAAGCAGUCGGUCAUACUCAAUUUCUGAAUGCUAACAACCUGCUACUCGAACAGGCACUUGAAAGAGCCAACAAGAAAAUCGCGGAAAAAGAGCAGGAGAUAGACGGAAUAACGGGUCAGUUUGAAGAUGAAAUAGAACAAUUGACUAGGAAUCUCAAGAACUCGUAUGAGCAGAAAAAUCUUUUUAAAAGCUUAUACGAAAAAGAGAAGAAGGCUUGGGAGGAAAAUGAUGAAAUAAAAAACUUGCAAAGAGAUCUCAAAAUGGCAUAUGAAAGGGGGAAUCAUUUUGUACAGCUGUACGAGAGAGGAAAGAUACUUUCAGAUGAACACGAGGAGGUCUGGAAGCAGAAGUUUGAUAAGGAAGUUGUGGGCGCAGAUAGGCAUGCAGCUGGCUUGGUCGAGGAAGCGGAGACAUUACAGGGAAGAUUAAAUGGAGCGCAUGGUGUCAUCGCUCAAUUAGAAAAUGAAGUGGCAAAUUUGCGAAGUCAACUCACUGAAAGAAACGCAGUCGGUAGCGGCUCAGGUCCAAGUAUAGCUGUUACCGCGCCAUCCGAAGGCCCUCAAAGCCCAUCCUCACAUCGCACUCUCUCAACCUCAAGUCAUACUCUCUCAGAUGAAGAAGAAUCUGCAUUAGAGGAGCUCAAAAUCGCAAAGACAGAUCUUUACAACACGCUUGAAGAAGUAGAAGAACUCAAACUUAAGCUCGGAUUUGCAGAUCGUGCAUAUAGGGAUAUGAAAGAGGAAUUUGAGAGAAAAAUCAAUACAGUUGAGAAUAAUGCGAAAGAAGAAGUUACGGAAAAGGAGAGAAUUGAGGAGAAAUUGAGGAUUGCGGAAGAGAGGUUACAGAGAGGACUUGAAGCUGAGGUCCGUAGGUUGGGGAGGGAGGGGCUGUUGGGCGCGCUGGUGGGGGAGGGGAAUCUAACAGGGAAAGGAAGAAAAGCUGCGCCCGGAGCACUGAAACCUAAAACCAAAGUGCCAGAAGAGGAAGAGCUUGAAAGUCCUCCGAUCACACCGCUCGAAAGUCCAUUGGAAAGUCCGGAUAUUUUGAUGAAGGACGAUGAUGAAUACCAUGGUCCAAAGGGGAAGAAGGGCAAGGCUGGGAAUAAGAAGGUUCAAGAUGCUGUGGUAUCUGAAGCUGGAAGUGAGGGGGCGACGGGGACGAGGAGGAGUACGAGAGAGACGAGGAAUAAGAAGCCGGUGUAUAAGGAGCAGCCUUUGAAAGUACUUUUAGGAAAGAGGAAGAGUUCAGCUGGGAAGAAGAGGAAGACUGGGGAGAGGGUCGAGAAGGUUGGUGUGCUUGAAGGUGAUGUGGGAAAUGAAGAGUUGGGCGAUGCUGAAGACGGGGAGAGAGACAAAAUCAAGAGGAGGGGAAGUAAAAUGGUGUAA